AUGAGCCUUCCCCCCAACCUUGCGAACCAUGUCAGAUCAUACCUUACUAGCCCUGAAGUCGAUCUCCAAACGGUCAGCGCCAAACAGAUUCGGAAGAAGCUGGCUACCAUUUUCCCUGAUCUGGACAUCAAAGCGCUCCGCUCAGAAAUCGAUGAAAUCAGCAUCCCAAUCUUCCAUGAGAUUAAGGAAAAUGUCGAGGGUGAUGUGAAGCCGCCGCCCCAAGAACCAUCCGUCAACCCAGCCCCACCUACCAAUUCAUUCAAUCACCCUCAGCCUCCCAUUAAACAAGAUAUCAAGCCCACAACCUCAUUCCCACCUCUCGCCUUACCACCACGAGGGACGCCAGGAGUAGUGAAAACCGGAAAUCCCCAGCCGGUCAAACCGGUCGUCCAAAAACCAGCCCAGCAACCCCCGACUGCAACAAUCCCACGGGCUGCGAAAUCGACGGCAACCAAAUCAAAGAAGAGGAAAUCGGCUGCUUACGUUGACACUGAUGACGAAGAUGGCUCACCCAGCACGGGAGGCAAGAAGACAGGCGGCGAGAAAAAGCCUAGAGUCCCUAGAGAAGGUGAAGGACCGGGUUCGAAUAAAGGCAUACAUCUCGAACUGAACUGCUCCCCCGCUCUAUCUGACGUGAUUGGCGUCCCAAUGUGCUCAAGACCUCAAGUUGUUAAGAAGAUCUGGGAAUACAUCAAGGCCAAAGAAUUGCAAAAUCCGAAAGAUAGGCGCCAGAUACUCUGCGACGAUGCGUUGAAAAAAGUGUUCAACACGAAUUCUGUGAAUAUGUUCACAAUGAAUAAAUUAUUGGCUGACCAUUUAUGGAAGCCUGAAGAAGUUCUACAACCACCACCAGCCCAGUCCCAGUCAUGA